UGUUAUUUCCCCGAUGCACAAUGCCGCCUUCCUUGUGGUUACCAACCUUAAAAAAUCCUCGGUAUCUGUUGUUGUGGAGAAUAAGUUUGUUGUUGUGAAAUGCUGCAGCUCCAAUGAAUCUGAUUUAGAGUCUGUUUGUUCAUUAAUACAAAAUGCUCUACAAAACCCAGUGCAAAGUUUGUGUGAUGUUAUUGGGUUGAACAUUAAACAAUCUUCAUGGUUUUCUUAUAAUAAUAUUGCCACAUCCAAGAUGCAAUUUUCUGUUGAAGAUUUUUUACCACCACCACCAGUGCCUAGUGAGGUGUUCUCCCCUGUCUUGGCCUUGGAAACUGGGGAUUUAGUCCCAUGUACAGUUAGCAGAGACCCAGAAUCGGAUAUAAAGAAGCAGCCAACUGUUGAUGUGGUAAAGGAUGAGGUAAGCAUUUUUCUGAAACUUACAACAAAAGGCCUCUAUUGAUAAUAAAUUUCCUAACUCUUGAAUUCCCCAAGAGUCAGUUCUGGAGAUGUGUUAAAACGUAAUUAAUUCACUUAUAAAAGCGGGAGAUACCACAAGAGACUGGGGAGAAGGGAUUUUUCUGUCUCUGGCUCUUAUAUUUUGGAUCCUCUACAAAUAAUCGGCAAUAGCAGACUUUUUCUUCACUUUCGUCCCUAUUGAACAACAUUUGUAAUAAGAAACAUACCUGUUGGAGAUUGCAUUGAUGGUAAUACAUGAAGCUGCUGAUAGCUAGCUUUUUUUCCCCCUAACCAUUAUGCGAGGUUGUUCUCCAGCUAUUGAUCCUUGUAGAAAACACUGACCACGUUUGUGUGGUAGUAGUCAAUUUUUCUCACCUAUUUUGUUUUUUCUUCGCUGAUACUUUAAUGUCUUUAAUGACCAACCUGAGAGUGGGACAAAAAUUGGUCAGAAUUAAAUUGAAGCUUUUUCUUGUAGAGGCUAUUGUAGAUAGUACUUUGCUUUUGGAAUGUAAAUUGUUCUUGUUCGUGGCCUGCCAGUUUCUUGGUACAAGGGUUGGCAGGACUUAUGACUCGAAUCUGUUUCUUUGAUAGAUUGUGGGAGUCAGGCCUCUUCUUAGCCGUUCCUGCAAUGAGUUACAUCCAGACAUGGAUGUUUAUUUCAAUCUUCUGAAGUACCUGUUGGGUAAAGUCAGACCUGAGUCCACUAAUGAGGAAGCAUUGGGGAGCUGCACAGUGUCGUCAUCUUCCUUUGACAGAUGUGAUUAUCAUAAUAGCGUUCAUGUUUAUUGGAAUGAGUCGACCGCAUCUUCUCAAAAAUCCUUGUCUGCAAGCUCCGCCACAUCUGCAGACGUUUCUUUCACACGAAAGAAUUCAUCACCUGAGAGCCUGUUAUCUGCAAGCAGACUGGAAGAAGGCAGUCCUGAUCGCGACUUAAAGAAUGCAAAGCUGUUAAAAGAUAUACAAUCGACCACCACAGGAGUGAAAAAAGAAGAAAGGUCCAGUCUCAUUAAUGAUCACCGAGGAGGUGCUUCACACGAUACUGAGUUUGUUGCUGUGAAUAACAGCAAUCUACCAUUGAGCAAGUGGAAUAAACAGUGGCUAGUGAACCAAAACCAGGGGCAAUGCAAUUCAGCUAAACCUUAUCAAAGUAUUCCA